AUGAAAUAUAAAAACAGAUUAUUCGUUAUUCUUUUCAUAACUUUCUAUUCAACAUACAUAUGUAAUAUAUUGUGUGUAUUAUUAAAGGAACCUUCUUAUUAUAAUGUAACCCACGUUCCAAAUUUUAAGAGUAUUAAAAAUUUUAAAAAUAUUUAUAAAAAAUAUAAUAUCAACAAUGAAUUAAAUUUAUCAAUAUAUAAAAAUAAAAACAAAACAAAAAAAAGAAAAUCAAGCUUUUAUUUUAUUACAAACAAUUAUAUUUUACACUUCACACCAACUCGUUAUAACAAAAACAUUAUUAAAUAUAAAGAUUUUUCCACACCCAACAGCAAAAAGGAUUAUCAAAUAUACAAUCUCAAUAAAAAUAAACAAAAGUUAUACAGUAAUGAUCGAGAAAAAGAACAGGACAAAAAAAAAAGUACAUCCAAAAAUAAAACAAAAACAAGAAAGACACAACAAAAUAAGGACGAUAAAAGUUUAAUAUCCACAGAAAAAGAAACCUCGAAAUCAAAAUCAACAUUGAGAAAAAAUAAAAAUAACUCAAAAGAAGUAAACUUAACUAUUCAGGAAAAAAAUGAAGAAAAUAAAGAAAUAAAAGAAGCACAAAUUAAAAAUAAAAGAACAUACAAAAAAAAGAAAACUGAAAGUAUUCAAAAUUCAGACAAAAUUGAAGACACAGACAAAAAUAAAAAUACAGCCAAAAGCGAAGAAACAGCUAAAAAUAAAAAAACAGCCAAAAGCGAAGAAACAGCUAAAAAUAAAAAAAUAGCCAAAAGCGAAGAAACAGCUAAAAAUAAAAAAACAGUCAAAAGCAAAGAAACAGCUAAAAAUAAAAAAACAGCCAAAAGCGAAGAAACAUAUAAUGAAAAAAAAAAACCAACAUUGAGAAAAAAAAUUAAUGAAUCAGAAGAAACCUUAAACCUUCAUCAUCCAAUAAAUACAAACAUAGAAGACCAAAAUGGAAAAGCAACAACAGAUGAAAAAAAUAAAAAAAUAAAAGAGCAAGAAAUAGAACUUGCCGAAUUAAUUAAACAUGAACGGGAUUAUGGAGAUGAAGAUGAUGAGGAAGAGAAUUUAGAACAAUAUUAUGAUGACUUACAAAAUGAUAAUGAUACACAAGAUGUGUCAGCUAGCAAAAAAGAGGAGGAAGAAGAAAAAAGAAAGCAAAUGAAAUCCAUUCAAGAAGAAAAGGAAAAAUUGGAAAGACAAAAAAAAAUAGAUUUUAUAAAAAAAGUAGAACAUUUAUUAGAAGAAGAUGAAAAAAAUCAUGUACUAUAUGAAAAACGACCAGAUAUAGAUAAAUUAAAAUUUGGUGAUAAGCCACCACCAGGAAGUGAAGAUUUAAUAAACACGAUAUUAAAAAAUGUAAAUGAAGAUAACAAUAAAAAUCAAAUUGAUAAAAUAGAAGAAAUGAAUAAGUUAAAAAAAAAACAUUUAUUUUAUGAAUUGUACAGAAUAAGUAAUUCUAGUUCAUUUAAAGCACAUAAAAUAUACACACAUCCAGAUUUAAUAUAUGGAAUGAAAUAUCGAAAAUUAGGUGAAAGUAAUUUAUGUGUAAGUGAAUUAUGUAUAGGUACAAAUAUGUAUGAGAAUGAUAAUUUUAUUAGUAAAGAUGAUGUAAAUGUAUUAUUAAAUAUGGCUUUUUAUGAAUAUGGAAUAAAUUUUUUUGAUAUAUGUGAAUAUGAUCCCUUUCCAUUUGAUCCAGAUAGUUAUCGAAAGAGUAAAAAUAGAAAUAUGAAUUUAUUUCUUAAAGAUAAAAAAAGGGAAAAUGUUAUUAUAAAUUUAAGGAUGUGUUCUUCAAGAAAUGUUAAUAAAUUAGAAUACGGAGAUUAUUAUUUAAGUUGGAUAAUGGAAGGAUUAAAGGAUGAUACUCCGACUUUUUAUAACAUAGAAGAAAGGUUAGAUAAAAUAUUAAAAAAUCUAAAUACAAAUUAUGUAGAUAUAUUGACAAUAGAUAUUCCUGAACGUUAUAUUCCUAAUAACCAAAAAGGAGAAGAUACAUAUAUAUGGGGAUAUGAAAAUUUAAAUGCAGAACAAAAUAAAAAUUCGAUAUCUAUCGAAGAACAAUUUGAUAUAUUAGAAAAGUUAAUUUUAAAAGGAAAGGUUAGACAUAUUGCAGUAUCAAAUGAAAGUGUAUGGGGUAUAUAUCAAUGGUGUAAUUUAGCAAAAAAAAAAAAAAAAAACUAUAUGAAAAUUGUAUGUGUUCAAAAUUUAUAUAAUUUACUUCAUAAAAAUGAAGUUGAAUCUUCAGGACUUGUAGAAAUGAUAUUAAAAGAAAAUUAUAAUGUACCAUUAGUACCAUAUGGUUUAUUAGCUGGAGGAAUAUUAACUGGAAAAUAUUUAGAUCCAGAACGAUAUCAUACCAUGGGUCCAGAAAAAGUACUAGGAGAUGAUCAAUUAGAUCAUGAUUUAAAUGAAGCUAGAGGUAAUAUACCGGAAGAUUAUGGUUAUUUAUCAUAUGGUCCAAAGAAUGGUAGAUGUAAUAAAUAUCCUCAUUUAUACAAAUCACAUAGAUGUGUAUGGGCACAAGAUGCUACAGGUGAAUAUUUAAAAUUAGCUAGAUCUCAUGGUAUGUCCUUAUCUCAAUUAAGUUUAAGCUAUGUUUAUAGUAGACCAUUUGUUGGUUCAUCAAUUAUAGGUCCUAGAACAUUAGGACAAUUAAAAGAUUCGAUUUUUGCAUUAAAUUAUCCAAUGUAUCAGCACACAGAAUGGGAUAUACAUGAAAUAUUUUUACGUUAUAGAGGUUGUACUAUGGAUGGAAAUACUAUAUUAAAUUCACUAGAUGAUCCUAAUAAAACUAGCCAAAAUGUUUUUUAUAAAACAGCUAAUAUACCUAUAUUAAGUGGUGGAACCUAUUGGAAAAACUAUCCUUUACCACAUAUUAUGAAAAGAUAUGAAUAUACAGAUUUAAAAGAAGAACAGGAUAGAAUAAAAUCAACCUUUGGUUUAAAUGAUGAACCAAAUGAUGCAAAUUUUAUUAGUUCUCGUAUGUGGGUAGAAAGAGAAAAAAGGAAAGGUGAAUAUUUUGCUGUAAAGGAGAGUAAUAUUUUUAAAUGGAAUAAAUUUAAAAUUUAUAAAGGUGCUUAUACAAAAUUAAGUGAAAAAGAAAAACAAGUUUAUGAUACUAGUGAUUUUCAUUUUACUUUUAAAAACAAUACAAUAUCUGUUACACCUACAGAUGAAGAAAUCAAAAAUUUUUAUGAUAACGAAAAGAAGAUCAAAAAAAUUAUUACUCAAAAUAUUAAUGAUCAUCAAGAAUUAUUUCAAUAUAAAGAAGAAUUAGGUCAAGAUCUACCAGCACCUUUCAAUAAUUUAGAUAUUGAUUUAAUAUACAAGCAAUUAUUAAAUAGACACAAUAUAAAUCCAUUAGAUAAAAAAGAAUUGGAUUCAAUAUAUGAGUAUAUAAAAUUAACACCUUCCGAAUUAGAAACAGAAGAUUUCUGGUACAUAUAUAAAUACAAUCCAUUUGAUACAUCCUUUGCAUUUAGAACAGGAACAGAGCCAUGA